AUGCAAAACACCUGCCUGGUAGGCAUCGAUUUUCAAUACGAGACAAUUUUAAAUGCCUCAAUGGCAAUCUUUAUUGCAGAAAUCGGCGACCGUACAUUUUUUAUCAUCACAAUUCUCGCAUUCUCUUAUUCAAGAUCAGCAAUAUUUUUAGGCAAUUUACUUACCAUGUCAUUUAUUGCAUUAAGUGCUGCAUUUUUAGGUGCAGCCUUAAUCCUUUUGAUUGAUCCUUUUUACAUUGCUGUUUUUUCUGCGCUCAGUUUUUUUAUUCAAGCAUUGAUGUGUUUUUAUGAGUCUCUUGUCAAAGCUAAUGAAGAAAUAAAUGAAGACGACGAAAUCAAAAUCGUAGAGCCAACGUGGUUUAAAACCUUUUCUAAAACUGCAAUUAUGGUAUUUCUUGCAGAAUGGGGAGACAAAUCAAAUACUACGAUUAUGGUAUUGUCUGCUGUUUCAAAUCCUUUACUUGUAGCAGUUGGAGCUAUUUUAGCAUUUGCUUCGCUCGGAGUAAUGGCUGUAUUUUUAGGUCGAAUUAUUGGCAAACGUAUUUCAGAAAAAUAUUUCAAAUUUGCAGCUGGCAUUUUUUAUCUGGUUUGCUGUGCAAGAAUUGUGAUUGAAGCUUAA